UGCGACAGAGGCAGAAACAGUACACGAGUGCAGUGCCAUUUGCGUUUCCAAAAAAUCACGCUGUUAGUAAAAUAUAUUUAGCUACAUCAGAACGUUGCUUCGCAGGUUCAUAUUCAGAGUGGUGUGUGUUUCCAAAAUGGGGAAGAGAAGUCGACAGAGAAAGAAGGAGCAUCAAAAUAAUAGCAAGCCUGGUGGAAGGGAUAACAGGGACAAUGCUGUAAGUUUUGAUAGCUCGUCAUAGCUAUCCGGCUAACUUUAGCGUACUGUAGCUAACUUGGCUAGGUAGCCUCAAAUUACUGUAUGCCGAGUCAAAGAAGGAUUUCAUUUAUCCCCAGCAACUUUGAUUUGAUUACUACUGCACAACUCAUUGCUUAUCAUGACUUGUUGACAUAACGAUGUGUAGCUAGCUAGCUAUUUUAUCUUGGUCCCGUGUAGCUCAGUUGGUAGAGCAUGGCACUUGCAACGCCAGGGUUGUGGGUUCGAUUCCCACGGGGGGCCAGUAUGGGGGGAAAAAAUGUAUGCACUCACUAACUGUAAGUCGCUCUAGAUAAGAGCGUCUGUUAAAUGACUUAAAUGUAAAAAUGUUUGUGCUGUCUUGCCAACUCCUAUGAUCAUUGGCAUGUCAAGGAGUUGGCUAUACAGUAAAAGCAGAUUUGGGACCAGGUUAUUGUACUAUGAUGGUGAACUCUAUCAAGAUCUAUCCAUCUGAGACUGCAAUUCAGAAAACCGAUAUCCUCUUCACACUUCCCUUUACCCCCUCAUCUGCUCUCCUCCUUUCGCCUCUCUCCAUCCCUUUCCUUCCCUGUCUCUGACCUGUAGGGCUGGGGUGCAGGCUACACUGACAUCGUCAAGGAGAACAAGCUGUUCGAGGCAUACUACCAGGAGCUGGGCCUGGUGCCUGAGGGGGAGUUUGACCAGUUCAUGGAGGCUAUGAGAGAACCGCUGCCCGCCACCAUCCGCAUAACUGGAUACAAGAGGUACAGAAGGGAAGCAACUAAGCUAGACCUCUGCCAAGAGCUCAGGGGUGUAUUCACUAGGAAGCAAAUUAAACCAAACAGGGAGGGAUCUAUUUGUCAAAUAGAAAGUAUUGUUUUUUGCCAGAUGUUUUCUGUUGAGAAACGUUUUGUUAGUGUGCACUAAUAAAUACAUCCAUGACUCUGGAUACAUCCAUGACUCUGGAUCCUCUAUGGCACAGAUGGAAGUGGUAUUUCUUGCCCUGUAUGUGAGCUGACAAACUGUUAAUUGGAAUUUACCAUUGUAGAUGUUUUGUAAAGGGAUGAUAGUUUAUACACCCCCACUCUUGUUUUAGCCUGGACCCCGAUCUGUUUGUGUUCAUGAUCAUUUGACAUGACAAUCACCAUAGACACAGGUCUAGGACCAGGCUACUCUUGCUCUACAUCAGGAUUCAUACAUAUUAAGAUUGCUUUCCAAAACACCACUCUAUUAAACCUCUUAAGUGUAUAAAAAAUGAAUGUUCAUUGGGUUGUCCCCCUGUAGCCAUGCCAAGGAGAUCCUCCACUGUCUGAAGAACAAGUACUUCAAGGAGAUCCAGGAGGUAGAGAUCGACGGGCAGAAGAUAGAGGCUCCUCAGCCUCUGAGCUGGUACAAAUGCACGCACGCACACACUCACCCACACACCCACAAACACACAAACACACACAUGUACACACACACAUACAUACACUUACAGCUGAUGACCCUUUGUGUGUGUGUGUGUGUGUGUGUGUGUGUGUGUGUGUGUGUGUGUGUGUGUGUGUGUGUAGGUACCCAGAUGAGCUAGCGUGGCACACCAACAUGAGCAGGAAGAUCCUGAGGAAGUCUCCUCUCCUGGAGAAGUUCCAUCAGUUCCUGGUCAGUGAGACCGAGUCGGUGAGGAAGACCAUUCUUGAGUGUUAUUUUGGGCUGUUUUUCCAUACAAUCUCCUUAGCUCCUUAAUCCAGGACUAGGCUUAACCUGUGUCUGGGAAACCAGCCCUAAUGUCCAUCACGUUAAAGCAACUAAACUAGACAAUAGGUGAGCUGCUGGUUGAGUCGACUUGGUUUCUUACAUAGAAUAAAAAAUUUGAAAGUAAUUUAAUAGGAUCUCAAUGGUUUCUUAGCUGUAUGUGCCUUAUGUACUGUGGUGUUUCUUUCUCUACCUUGGUCUCUACAGGGUAACAUCAGCAGACAGGAGGCUGUAAGUAUGAUCCCUCCUCUGCUGAUGAAGAUUGAGCCCCACCACAAGGUAAACAACACACUGGACGCCUCUCUGGCCAAGACCUGCUCCCAUUUCUGUCCCUAGGUCCUAAACCUGGGAACACCGUAGUGUAACAGUGUGUAUGUCUGUGGGUAGAUUCUGGACAUGUGUGCUGCUCCUGGAUCCAAGACGGCCCAGUUGAUUGAGAUGCUCCAUUCUGAUAUGGACGUACCCUUCCCAGGUAACGCGCACACACACACAAACAAACCUGAUGCAUUGGAGUAUCUGAACUGUUGCUCAAUGGAAAAGGCGGUAAGUUGCUGACUGUAGCUUUUCUGUUUUUCUCUCACUUUGUGAAAACGAACAAUACACUAGGCAGGUAGCCUAGCAGUUAAGAGCAUUGGGACAGUAACCAAAACAUUGCUGGUUGGAAUCACCGAGCAGACUAGGAGAAAAAUCAGUUGAUGUGUCCUUGAGCAAGGCACUUAACCCUAAUUGCUCCUGUAAGUCGCUCUGGAUAAGAGUGUCCGCUAAAUGACUAAAAUGUAAAAAAAUUUAACUAAACAUUGUAAUCCUGAACAUCCUUAUCUCCCCCUAUCUCUUUCUCUCCCUCUUCAGAGGGCUUUGUGAUAGCCAACGACGUGGACAACAAGCGUUGCUACCUGCUGGUGCACCAGGCUAAGAGACUGAACAGCCCCUGUAUCAUGGUGGUAAACCAAGAUGCCUCCUGCAUCCCCAGACUACAGAUAGACACGGAGGACGGACAGAAGGACACACUGUUCUACGACCGCAUCCUCUGUGACGUCCCCUGCAGGUAAAGAGUUAACCUGGUUACCUACUUAGCUGAGAGAAGGAAAGAAAUAGAUUGAGAGAAGUAGGGGAGAAAGAAAGGCGGGGGGGGAGACUGUCAAAACUAGACAUGUAUUUCUAGACAGUAAGAUAUAUGGAGAGAUAUCAACCUCAUGGUUCUACCCUGUCUUAUGAUUGGCUCUUCUGUCUGAUCUAUGAUUGGUUGAUGCACUGGGCAGGCUACUGCUUGUUUGUUUUUAGUAGGGGAACCAAGUAUGUCCACAAGAAUGAGACUGGGGAGGGAGGGAGGGAGAGAUCUCCUGUAACCACAUUGUUGGAUUGUCUGUCUGGUAAUGCUGAUGUGUAGUUAGAUGAUCCAUGGAAGUGGACAAACCCCUAUUUCUGCUGGGUUUGUCUCUUUAAAAAAAAAAGUGUGUUCCUAUUUUCGUCAUUCCCUAAAAAGUGAAGUAUUCUGUGUGUUUCUCCAGUGGCGAUGGCACCAUGAGGAAGAACAUUGACGUGUGGAAGAAAUGGACCACCAGUAACAGCCUGCAUCUCCAUGGGUGAGGAGAAAAAGAGAGAGUGGGUGCGUGUGUGCCUGUAUAUGUGUGUGUGUGUGUGUGUGCUAACCUAUGUGUGUGUUGUCCCCAGUCUCCAGAUCCGUAUAGCAGUGCGUGGUGUGGAGCAGCUAGCAGUAGGAGGGAGGAUGGUCUACUCUACUUGUUCACUCAACCCUAUAGAGGACGAAGCUGUCAUAGCAACGCUACUGGAGAAGAGUGAAGGUAACGCAUGCACACACACACACAGACUCACACACACACACAGAGUCACACACACACUGGUGAUAACUUCCUCUGUCUCUCCCUUUGUCUCUCUCCAGGUGCAUUAGAGUUAGCAGAUGCGUCAGCUGAUCUCCCAGGGUUAAAAUGGAUGCCUGGAGUCACCAAAUGGAAGGUAUAUAACUGCUGGAACACAUCAAAUCAAAUCAAAUUUUAUUGGUCACAUGCGCCGAAUACAACAGGUCCAGACAUUACAGUGAAAUGCUUACUUACAGCCCUUAACCAACAGUGCAUUUAUUUUUUACAAAUAAAACAAAAAAGUGUUGAGAAAAAAAAGAGCAGAAGUAAAAUAAAAUAACAGUAGGGAGGCUAUAUAUACAAGGGGGUACCGGUGCAGAGUCAAUGUGCGGGGGCACCGGCUAGUUGAGGUAGUUGAAGUAAUAUGUACAUGUGGGUAGAGUUAAAGUGACUAUGCAUAAAUAAUUAACAGAGUAGCAGCAGCGUAAAAAGGAUGGGGUGGGGGGGCAGUGCAAAUAGUCCGGGUAGCCAUGAUUAGCUGUUCAGGAGUCUUAUGGCUUGGGGGUAGAAGCUGUUGAGAAGUCUUUUGGACCUAGACUUGGCACUCCGGUACCGCUUGCCGUGCGGUAGCAGAGAGAACAGUCUAUGACUUGGGUGGCUGGAGUCUUUGACAAUUUUGAGGGCCUUCCUCUGACACCGCCUGGUAUAGAGGUCCUGGAUGGCAGGAAGCUUGGCCCCAGUGAUGUACUGGGCCGUACGCACUACCCUCUGUAGUGCCUUGCGGAGGUACUUGAUAUGCAUGAGUCUAGCCACUACAAUAUUCAUGAUAUUCCACCACCAUGUCAGAUUAUUGACUACAGAUUGAGAGCCAUUUAUAACUGAGUCUUUUGCGCUCUCCCAUCUCCUCCUCCUCUCCAUCCACAACUACCUCUCACACACACAUAAUCUCUUAUCUAUCUAUCUAUCUAUCUCUUUCUUUCUUUCUUUCAUCUCUAGUUGAUGACUAAGGAGGGUCAGUGGUAUAAGGACUGGUCCGAGGUGCCAGCCAACCGCCACACGCAGAUCAGACCCACCAUGUUCCCUCCCACAGACACAGAGAAACUAGCCAAUAUGAAGUUGGAGAGAUGGUACACUCACCUGCAUACACACCUGCACACACACACAGGCCCCACUUUAUUUGGUUAGAAUAUGCCUAAAAUGUCAGUCUUGACAAUCAUGUACAUUUAUUUGCUACACCUGUGCACAUUCACCUUUACAUAGAGCUGCAUACAUGCAUACUUGAUCCUAAUGAGAUUAAUAAUAAUGCUAGACAGACUUAUCAAAACCCUGUGAAGUGUUGCUGGUUUGUGUUGAUUUCAUUUCUACCAGCAGAGGGUGCUGUUGGGUCUAAUUUCUAUUUGGUUGUGUUUGUUCAGUAUGAGGAUCCUGCCCCAUCACCAGAACACUGGUGGCUUCUUUGUAGCUGUCCUGGUCAAGAACGCUCCCAUGCCCUGGAACAGAAGAUUCCCCAAGGUACACAUGCACGGGGGCACACUCGCGGAAAAGCCCACCUCAUACACGCACACUCCAUACACCUUUGUUUUCUGGUUAACACAUCUGAAGGAAUGCAAACCAUCCGGUAGCUCAUAUACCAGAGAGAAGUUCCCGUUAAAGUGAACUAUGAUCUGUCUUUCUCCAGUUGAGGAAGGAGCAGUUGUUCAGCUCCGUGCCCCAGCCAGAGGACUCUCCAGUGGGCACCCCUCUUCCUGAGACACCCCUGGAGGAUGGAGAGAGAGAGGGAGGAGGGAAGGAGGCAGGAGAGGACUCGCCCAAAGAGCCAGAGGCAGACGAUCAGACCAAGGAACCCAACAUGUGUGGGUAAGUCGGGAGAGAGAGGGAGAGAGAGAGAGUGUCUGUCUUGGUGUAUUCUGACUCUGUUCUGUGUUCCAGGCCUCCUCCCAAUAAAAAGAUGAAGAGGCAUGGUUUUAAAGAAGACCCCUUUGUCUUCCUCACUGAAGACGACCCCGUCUUCCCCCCGAUAGAGUGAGUGUGUUUGGUCUCUGUUGGAUUGUGUCGCCUAUGUAAGCAGCUGCUUGAUAUCAUCAUUAUCUGUAUGGAGGGGACAAUGUUUUGACCAAGCAUAGAUGGUAUUACUUUUACAUGUUUCGAUUGAUCCCUGGUUAUUGAUCUAACAUUGUGUAUUUUGCAGGUCCUUCUAUGACCUGUCUCCAGACUUCCCUAAGAUAAACGUUCUGACCAGAACCCAUGAGGGCAAGAAGAGACACCUGUACAUGGUCUCCAAGGAGCUACGCAACGUCAUGCUCAACAACAGUGAACGCAUGAAGGUAGGGAGGUGUGUGUGUGUGAGACACCUGUAUGGUCUCUAAGGAACAAAGCGGCGCCCUGCCGAACAACAACUGUGUGUGUGUCACUGCCAGCCCAUCAAGGGGAGUCUAGCUAACAGAUGGGACCCUUUUCAUCCCAAAUCCCUCUAGUACACUAAGCUCCUGCACAGGUGGCCGUGUGUGUGUCUAGUGAGGUGUGUGCGCAUCCAAGCAGACAGAGAACCCCUCCCUCCCGCUAUUCCGCUCCUUUACUCCCCCGCUCUCCUUUGCUUCCCCCCCGCUCCUUGUCUCUCUCCCCCCUCGCUCCUUGUCUCUCUCCCCCCUCGCUCCUUGUCUCUCUCCCCCCUCGCUCCUUGUCUCUCUCCCCCCUCGCUCCUUGUCUCUCUCCCCCCUCGCGCCGUGUCUUCUCUCCCCCCUCGCUCCUUGUCUCUCUUGUCGCUCUCCACCCUCUCUUUCUAUAUAUCUCCCCCCUCCUUUCUGAUGUUGUGAUGUUUAGACCUGACCCAGGUUCAGAUCAUCCUCCAGGUUAGCAGUAGUAGCAAACAGGCUGAGUCUCCAUCACCAGACUGUCCCCAGAACUGCACACAUACUGACAUACAUGCAGCAUACUAAACAGGGUUCUGUCUCAAUGAUGGGAGAAACUACAUCUUUUCUUAGAAGCAAUGGUUUAUUUCCUAAAUGGAGAAAUAUGACCUAAUAAACAAAUAUUUGCAUAACUUAAGAAAUAUAGAAACUGGCUCCAACACUAUUAUUGAAAACAACAAUAAAAAUGUUGAAAUGAGAAGCAAUUGUAAAUAUGUUGCUGAAACAGAUGUCAUUCUCAAGUGUAAUGAUUUCAUUAUUUUUUGUGUUUUGCAGGUGAUCAACACAGGGGUGAAGGUGUGGUCUCGUAACAGCGACGGGGAGGAGUUUGGCUGUGCCUUCAGACUAGCCCAGGAGGUAGGUACACGCGCACGCAUGCACGCACACACACACAUUCCUCGCUCUCCCCCUCUCCUCUCCUCUCCUCAUCCCCUCCUCUCCUCAUCCUCUCCUCUCCUCAUCCCCCCUCCUCUCCUCAUCCCUCUCCUCAUCCCCCCCUCCUCUCCUCAUCCCCCCCCCCUCGCUCAGCCCCCCCCCCUCCUCAUCCCUCCCUCCUCUCCUCAUCCUCCUCCCAUCCCCCCUCCUCUCCUCAUCCCCUUCUCAUAUUCCCAUCCCCCUCUCCUCAUCCCCUCCCCAUCCUCCUCACUCCUCAUCCCCCCUCCUCUCCUCGAUCACCUCUCUACUCCUCUUCCUCAUCCCCCUCUCCUCUCCUCAUCCCGAUCCUCAUCCUCAUCCUCCUCUCCUCAUCCUCCUCAUCCUCACCCAUCCCCCCUUUCCUCUCCUCAUCCGUCUCUCCCUUCACUACAGCCCUCUCCCCGCCUCACGCACCCCUCCUCCUCCUCCUCCUCCUCUCCUCAUCCUCCUCUCCUCACCUCCCUCCUCUCCUCAUCUCCUCUCCUCUCCCCCUCCUCUCCUCUCCCCCCCCCCCCUCAUCCCCCCCUCCUCUCCUCAUCCUCCUCUCCUCAUCCCCCCCCUCCCUCCUCCCUCCCUCCCUCCUCCUCCUCCCCCCUCUCCUCUCCCCCCCUCCUCUCCUCAUCCCCCCCCUCCCCCUCUCCUCAUCCCUCCCUCCUCAUCCUCCCUCCUCUCUCACCCCCCUCCUCUCCUCAUCCCCCCCCCUCCUCCCUCAUCCCUCCCUCCUCUCCUCAUCCUCCUCUCCUCAUCCCCCCCUCCUCUCCCUCAUCCCCCCCUCCUCUCCUCUCCUCUCCUCACCCCCCUCCUCUCCUCAUCCUCCCCUCCUCCUCACCCCCCUCUCUCCUCAUCCCCCCCUCCUCUCCUCAUCCCCCCUCCUCUCCUCAUCCUCCUCUCCUCACCCCCCCCUCCUCCCUCCUCCUCCUCCUCCUCAUCCCCCCCUCCUCUCCUCAUCCUCCUCCCUCUCCUCUCCUCAUCCCCCCUCCUCUCCUCAUCCCCCCCUCCUCUCCUCAUCCCCCCCUCCUCUCCUCACCCCCCCUCCUCUCCUCAUCCCCCUCUCAUAUUCUCAUCCCCCUCUCCUCCUCCAGGGUAUCUAUACUCUUUUUCCCUACAUCCGCUCCAGGAUGAUCACAGUGAGUGUUGAGGACAUCAAGAUUCUACUUACUCAGGAGAACCCAUACCUCAGCAAACUGGAGGAGGACGCUCACCAACAGGCCAAGAAGAUAGGUGUGUGUUCUCAACUGGAAAGCCAUGAUCUGUGUCUAAUGCCAUGUUGGGUGUUGGCCCAUUCAUGUCUGUAUUACUAGUAAGUGCUUCAUGUUUUUCUCCUGUGUGUUUCCACAGGAAUGGGCAGCAUUGUGUUAAAGUACCGGCCUGACAAAAGGUAAGUGUCCAUUUUGUUUGCCUGUCUGUGUGUAUGUUAUAUUAACUGUUAUCAGAGAAUUCACCCUGAUCACCCUCUCACUCUAUCCCCCACGUCCUCUCCCUCUACCCCCCCCCUCUCUAUCCCCCACGUCCUCUCCCUCUACCCCCCCCCUCUCUCUCCCCUCACGUCCUCUCCCUCUAUACCGCCCCCCUCUCUCUCCCUCACGUUUCCUCUCACUCCACUCACUCCUCUCCCUCACCUUCCUCUCCCUCACUCCUCUCCCCUCACCGUCCUCCUCCCUCUGUCCCCCCUCUCCCUCACCGUCACCGUCCUCCUCCCGCUAUCCCCCCCUCUCCCUCACCGGCCUCUCCCUCUAUCCCCCCUCUCCCUCACCGGCCUCUCCCGCUAUCCCCCCUCUCCCUCACCGUCCUCUCCCUCUAACCCCCCCUCUCUCCCUCACCAUCCUCUCCCUUAUCCGUCCUCUCUCCCUCUAUCCCCCCAUCUCUCCCUCACUGUCCUCUCCCUCUAUCCCCAUCUCUCCCUCAACCGUCCUCUCCCUCUAUCCCCCCUCUCCCUCACCGUCCUCUCCCUCACUGUCCUCUCCCUCUAUCCCCAUCUCUCCCCUCACUGUCCUCUCCCUCUAUCCCCCAUCUCUCCCUCUACCCCCCCCCCUCUCUCCCUCACCGUCCUCUCCCUCUAUCCCCCAUCUCUCCCUCACCGUCCUCUCCCUCUAUCCCCCCAUCUCUCCCUCACUGUCCUCUCCCUCUAUCCCCCCCUCUCCCUCAUGUCCUCUCCCUCUAUCCCCCCUCCCUCACCACUGUCCCCUCCUUUCUCCCUCACCACUGUCCCCUCCUUUCUCCCUCACCACUGUCCCCUCCUUUCUCCCUCACCACUGUCCCCUCCUUUCUCCCUCACCACCGUCCCCUCCCUCUAUCCCUCUCCCUCACCGUUCCUCUCCCUCUCUCCUCUCUCCGUCACUGUCCCCCUCUAUCCCCCCCAUCUCUCCCUCUAUCCCCCCUGUCCCCCUCUCUCCUCAGUAACCCUGAUGGUCCUCAGUGUCCUAUAGAGCUGUGUGGCUGGAGAGGCAAGACCUCCAUCAGAGCCUUCGUGCCCCGCAACGAGAGGUUCCACUACCUCCGCAUGCUGGGGGUCGAGGUAUUCAGAGACAAACAGGGGCAGGGACCCAGGGAGGGAGAGAAGGAGGUGAAAGAGGGAGAGGAGGAUAUGGAGGGGGAGACAGAGAAUGGGAACAAAGAUGGCAGCAUAAAACAGGAGUUGAAAGAGGAAAAUCGAGGUGACGAGCACCUGAAAGGAGAGGAGAGGGAGAAAGAGGGAGGAGGGGAGAUUUUGACCAGCACCUGAGAGAGGAGUAGAAAGAAAUGUGUAUCUCAAUAGUCUUAACAAGUUUUCCUCUCCUUGUCUCCGCUUUGGCUGCACUGAUGUUAAUGAAAGUACAUUCCUGGAGGUCAUCCACCAUAUUGCUGUCACCAUCUAUGUUUUUGCAGAUGUAGGAGAGGAGUUGAGAAGCCACUUUAGACUAUUGCAUGAAGGAGGGAGGGAAAGAGAGAAAGGAGGAGGGAGGAAGAGGUGCUGUAUGAGGUUGAGCAAUGCUGACCAAACGUGAGAGAAGAGGGGUGUUGGGUAGCUCAGUAUAAUUUAGAAACCACUGCCAAUAGCAGAUUGACCAUCCAUCCUAGACAGAGCAUGUGGACUCGUCCAUGCUCCCCCAAACUUGGUGUGCUUCAGGGGUCGAUGCAUGAGUGACUUUGAUUUUCUAUUGCUGAUUUUAUUUGAACAAAACUCCACUGGCAAAACAUGGAGAGAGAAUGUAGUUUUUUCUUAUUGUGCAUGUUUGAAGGUUUAUCUCAAUGGCCAUUUCAUUUUCUGUCAUUGUAAGUAAGAAGAAAUAUGGAAUUGAUUAAAAGUAUUAAAUUCAUAUAUA